AUGGCUGCGCAAAAGUUGCAAACGGCCGCGGUUUUAACGGACCCAGGCCCGGAAGCAAAGUUCACCGUGUCUAGAAUCCCCAUACCAACCCCGGGGCCCAACGAGCUUCUGGUCCGCCUCUCGUGCACAUCGGUCUGCCACUCGGAUGUAUCCAUGGCUCGGGGCUUCUUGGGGCCCCCGAACUCCAUCCUCGGCCACGAGGGGGUGGGCCGCGUCGUGGCCGCCGGCUCCAACGCCGUCUACCUCAUCGGCGGCGAAGGAGACGCCUCGUCGCUGAUCGGUCGCCGCAUCGCCGUCGGCCUGCUCCGCGAUCUGUGCGGCACCUGCGACUACUGCCUCGCGCCUCCCGAGCACGCCUCCGAGUCCCGCUGCUCCGCCCGCAUCUUCUCGGGCCUGAGUCUGGACGGCACCCUUGCACAGUACGUGCUCGUGCGCGCCCGCUACGCCCAGUUCCUCCCUGCUUCGCUGGACGCCGUGCCGGACGAGCACGUCGCCCCCGUCAUGUGCGGCGGACUCACCGCCUACAGGGCGCUCAAGGUCGGCGGCCCGGUGGCGGGGUCGUGGGUCGCCGUGUCCGGAGCUGCGGGCGGCGUCGGCGCGUUCGCUGUCGCCUACGCCCGCGCCAUGGGUUGUCGGGUGGUGGGGCUGGAUGUCGGCGAGGCCAGGCGCGCCUACGUCCUUGCACAGGGCGCCGAGGCCUACGUGGACGCGACCGGCGCGGAUCCCCAAGCCGAGGUCAAGCGCGUCACCGGCGGCGCUGGUGCAAACAUGAUUGUGGUCGCGGCCGGAGUGGCGGCGGCGUACGAUGCCGCGAUGGGCAUGUUGGCACCCUUUGGCACGCUGGUCUGUGUUGGCAUGCCACCUCCCGGCACCGCUGUCAAAUUUGAUCCAUUCGAAAUCAUAUCCUACGGUUACAAAAUCGUCGGGUCCGUGACGGGAACAAGGGUUGAUGUGCUGGAGGCAUUAGACUUUGUCAAAAGGGGCCUGGUAGUGCCCAAGGUGAGGAGGGCUCAGCUUAGCGACAUUCAAAGUAUUAUACAGGAGGUCUCAAGGAGUGAGGGAGAGGGCAAGUUUGUUAUUGACCUGAAAGACCAUGCAUCAGCGUUAUAGACUGUCGGCAUUUUGUACAUGAUUAUAGAUGGUGGCUAGCAUAUGCGCUGCCCAUUUGCAUUUGUCAGCGGGAACAUCAAAUUGCCGUUGAUACCCGCCAUGUAUGGCUUGCAUGAGCAUGCAAAGGUGUUCGUCCUAGUUGCACAUGUGUGCCGACUUAUCCCAUAUGCAUGCGUUUUUGGUUUCCUAUUUGCCAUUAGUCACUUUGGCCUGGGUGGAUCUGGCCUAAUUCGCCCAUAACUAGAAAUCUGCCGAUUAGUGCCAAGCGAGCUGAAUACUUCUAUCUGUAACCUCCGUAUUUUGGUGGAGAAGCGACUAUGAGUAACGAGAG